UGCAGUGACUCGCCAAGUGUCGAGGUAGUGACGUCGACCACGCGCACUCUCAUGCCCCGGAUGUGUUUGUGUGCUCUGUUUCUGCAGAGGAGGAGGAGAUGCCACUACCCGUGCAGGUCUUUAACUUUCAGGGGUCUGUAGAGCCCAUGCAGAUAGAUGCUGACCCUCAGGAAGACCAGCAGCAUGCGCCUGACGCCAACUAUGUUGUGGAAAACCCGACAUUGGAUCUAGAGCAGUAUGCCUCCAGCUACAGUGGGCUGAUGAGGAUCGAAAGGCUGCAGUUUAUUGCAGACCACUGCCCCCAGCUACGUGUGGAAGCACUGAAGAUGGCCCUGUCCUUUGUCCAAAGAACCUUUAAUGUUGAUGUCUACGAAGAAAUCCAUCGCAAACUCACUGAAGCCACAAGGGAUGUGCAAGGUGUCCCAGAUGCGGUACCGGAGGGGGCAGUUGAACCCCCUCCUCUCGACACAGCCUGGGCAGAAUCCACCAGGAAAAAAGCCCUGCUCAAACUGGAGAAGCUGGACACCGACCUCAAGAACUACAAGGGAAACUCCAUCAAAGAAAGCAUAAGGAGGGGUCAUGAUGACCUUGGAGAUCACUACCUUGACUGUGGUGACCUCAGCAAUGCCCUGAAAUGCUACUCCCGAGCCAGAGACUACUGCACUAGCGCCAAGCAUGUCAUCAACAUGUGUCUUAAUGUAAUCAAGGUUAGCGUUUACCUCCAAAACUGGUCCCAUGUACUUAGCUACGUCAGCAAGGCUGAAUCCACUCCAGAGAUAGCAGAGCAACGAGGAGAGAGAGAUAGUCAAAACCAAGCUGUUCUAACCAAACUGAAAUGUGCUGCAGGAUUGGCAGAACUUGCCUCAAGAAAGUAUAAACCGGCUGCCAAGUGCUUCCUGCAAGCCUCCUUUGACCACUGCGACUUCCCUGAGCUACUUUCCCCCAGUAAUGUAGCAGUGUACGGGGGGCUGUGUGCACUGGCUACAUUUGACAGACAGGAACUGCAACGAAAUGUCAUCUCAAGCAGCUCCUUUAAAUUAUUUUUAGAGUUGGAACCACAAGUCCGUGAUAUUAUCUUCAAGUUUUACGAGUCAAAGUAUGCAUCUUGUCUGAAAAUGCUGGAUGAAAUGAAGGAUAAUCUCCUCCUAGACAUGUAUCUGGCCCCUCAUGUAAGAACACUGUACUCACAAAUCAGGAACAGAGCCCUCAUACAGGUACGUAAGGGAAAUGUGAGUUUGGUCUAUGAAUUUUAUUUAUUGCAGUCCCCUCCAAGAGAAGGCAGUCAAGGGGAGCUCACACCUGCCAACAGCCAAACACGAAUGAGCACCAACAUGUGAAGACUCGACCAGAUGCCUCUCCUAGGAAAGUACACGGGGCCACUGCCGCCGCAUCUUAGGCCUCAGUUUAGAAAUCAAUUAUUUCCCUGCUGAAGAGAGAAAAAUCACAAUCUAAAGACUUUAUUUAAGUUGGGAAGAAGAUAUCGGUUGUCUGUAUUAAAGACAAGCACACCCUGUUGCUCGAAUGAAAAGGAAAAAAAGAUAAAAAGAGAAACGCGGCACUUAAGCUGUACUGGCCUGUUGUUCUUUGUAAAGGAUGCACUUUCCUCUGUAUCUUGUGACAAACCUUGAUUACACAUUGAGAAACCUCAUCACAAAACAUGCUUUUAAAAUAAACAUACAUUCAAAAAGAUGCUUCAAUCCGGAAAGGUUUUUUCUGUUUCUAGUGUUGCAGCUGGAAAUGCAAGACUGAUUUGAACACUCUUUAGAGUGAUUUCAGCGUCAUCUGUUUAAUAACAUUUAGUUAUUUCUCUGUUGUGUUGUGUUCUACUGUUUAAGUAAGACUGUUACCCCAGUGAAUUAUCAUAAGCUGGUCAGUGACAUUCAAAGGUAGACUACUUGCUUUUAUGGCCUUGAAUAAACUAUACCUAGUAA